AUGGUUCUACUGCGUUUCCGGCAGAAGCGCGUGGCAUUCAGUGGAGACCACCAAUUCCUGAUCCGGAAAAAGGAUAAACAGGCACAGAGGAAUGCAGAGGAGUACGCGGACCAAUUCCCAGAUACAGCCAGGGCCAUCAUCGAAAACCAUUACGUUGACGACUAUCUGGAUAGUGUGGAGACGGUAGAAGAAGCGGUAGAGCUGAUAGAGGAAGUGAAACAUGUGCAUUCCAAGGCUGGAAUGGAGAUUCGAAACUUUUCGUCGAACUCCUCAGAAGUGCUCGAGCGCAUAGGAGAAACCAGCAAAGUUCAGCAGAAGUCCCUCAACCUGGAUUCGGAUGUAGAGAGAGUACUGGCUUUAAUCGGUUCACGACUGCUGGACAGCGUUUGCAAGGCGCUGACAUUGCCAGUGGCCGCUCAAUUCCUCUGUUCAGACUCGACAACCGUUCUCGCUUGGCUGAAGUCCGAGACUCGACGAUAUCAUCAAUUCGUCGGCUUCCGAGUAGGAGAAAUUCCGAGUACGACUACCGUUGAUGAAUGGAGAAAGGUUCAAUCGAAGGUAAAUGUAGCGGAUCAAUCGACGAAGUGGAGAGACGGACCCAGUUUUAGACCCGACGACUGGUGGUAUGUAGGGCCGGCUUUCCUGAUGGAACCGGACGAGAGCUGGCGAAAGGAAAAUUCAGAGGAGUAUUCGACAGCAGAGGAACAACGAGCAGUCUUUCUACAUCAUCGAGUCAUAUCGCCACUGAUCAUAGAUGUUCAGCGAUUCUCCAAGUGGUCGAGGCUUCAGCGGACGACCGGAUACGUUGUUAGAGCGACGAAGGUGUUCCUAGGCCUGCACGCUGAGGGCCCACUUACGCAAGAAGAGCUGCUGAAGGCCGAAGCCAUGAUCUUUCAACAGGUGCAAAAACAUGCAUAUGCGGAUGAAUACGUCACGCUUAGCUACAACAAUGAGCACCCAGAUGCGGAACCGAAGCAGAUCGCAAGAUCGAGUGCAUUGUACAAGUUGAGUCCGAUGCUGGACGACGAUGGAGUUCUUCGGAUGAAUAGCCGUAUCGCAGCAGCACCAAUGGUAACCAAGGAUGCGAGAUUUCCGAUCUUCCUCCCCAAGAGUCAUCGGGUGACGGAAUUGCUCGUAGAAUGGGCGAGCAACUUGUUUAAGGAGCAGCUCAAGGCAAUCACGGAGCAUUGCGCUGUAACCUUUACGAACGUGAGCACGAGAUGGCUAUUCAAUCCACCCCUAGCGCCACACAUGGGAGGACCGUGGGAGCGCAUGGUCAGGUCGGUUAAGGUGGCAAUGGCGGCGAUCGCAGAUCAUCCACACCACCCCAGUGAUGAGGUCCUGGAGACUGUUGCGCUUGAAGCCGAGUCGAUAGUCAACUCAAGACCGCUAACUUACAUCCCUUUGGAUCAUGCGGAUCAAGCGGCCCUCACACCGAACCAUUUCUUGCUCUACGAGACACAAGGCAUCAACCAACCUAGUCGGGACCUACAGCACGAGUAUGCAACUCUGAGGGACAGCUUGAUAUGUUCUGGAGCCGCUGGUUACACGAAUACCUACCUACGCUAA